AUGCGUAUUGGUCGUCGGUCGCCAGACCGUUCCGUGCCAAACCCGACCGGCUACUUGUGGAAUGCUUCCAAGAACAAUGAAUACCUCCAUGGUAAACUCCAUAAUAGUGCCCGAACUAAAAACUCCAAUUACCCGUCGUCGAUUAAUUGCCGAGCGUCUUCGCGAGCAGAAAAACUAGUCUCAUUUGAAUAUAAACAGUACAAAAUGUAUGCACAUAGGCGAUUCAGGGCGGCUAGUGCACGCUCGCCGAACCUACCCACACUUGUGAGCCGGCAAGUUGUACCUGACGCGACAGAGACGAGCGUAUGCGCCGCGUCCUCUCCGCGAAAGAGACGGCGCACGGGGCAGAUGUUCAAAAAAUCAUGCGGGUGUUUUUUUUUCCGAAGGUGGCUUAGGGUUGGCUUCCUGGCCGUUCGUGGGAAAUGGGAUUUUCGAAAUACGAAGUGUCGUCGAAAAACAAUCACGCAGUCUAUGACCCGUUUGUGUUUCGCGCCUCCGACAAUGGCGGAAUGUCAUUUGGAACAGAUGUUUUAUGACGUCGGCCGGUAA